AUGCGUGAUGACUUUAUACUUUAUCCGAUUGAGCGCCACCGGUAUCGGCUAUGGUGGUGGGGUUUCUUUGUCUUUCUUUCAGGAGGGCCGACGGUAUAUAUUCUACACCGCCAUCACCACUUCCCCUUUAUGAGCUUUGUCUCAGGAAGGUAUAUAUUCUACAUGUCGGUUGAAAAAAAUUGUUGUAUAGAGGCUGUUAAUAUGCUAAAGGGAAGUGCACAUGUAGUGUUUGUGGAAAUGCCUAAGAGAAGGUUUCUAAAUCUUCUUCAGAGCUGGAAUUGGGGGCUUAUUUGGAUGAUAGAAGCUCCAAGAACCAACAAGGUUUAUCAGAUUCUCACAAACUUGAUGGGAAAAGUCAACAAGAAUCCAACUGACAUACAAGUGGGUGUUGCUGCUCGUGCAUUACAUCUAUCAAGAGGAGUUGAGAAACCAAGUGGUAGGGUUACUUACAUAGUUGUUCUUCAAGGAUUGAGCAGAUUUGGUGUUGAGGAGCUUAACACAAUAGGAACUUACACCACUGCAAGAAUUUCUCCUAUUGAUAUGACAAAGGCUGCUGAAACCGGAUGCAAAAAGCCUGAUAUUAUGCUUUGUGGGCUCGGCAGGUGUCGGGAAAACAUCAUUGCAAAUGCUGCUGCUCUUGGGAGGAAGUUCAUAAGAAUAUCUCUUGGUGGUGUAAAAGAUGAUGCUGACAUUAAAGCCCAUGGAAGGACAUACAUUGGAAGCAUGUCGGGUCGACUCAUUGAUGGAUUAAAGCUUGAAAUAAGGAAAAAAAAAAAACAAACACAGCGCCAAAGUCGCAGCUAA